CUGAGCUCUAUUAUUAGCCUGAGUCAGAGUCGCUAAACACCGCCUCCUCAGCUGGGUCUGGGAGGAAAAAUAUUCAUUACGUAACAAAAUAUCUGUCUCUGGCUCCACUUCCUGAAUAGCACAGUGGCUAGGCCUGCGACAGCCGACCAGCCCGGAAGCCUCACUUUCUCUCUAUAUGUGUGGGCAGAGCUUACUCUCUUUCGUUUAUCCCUUGCAACACAUUCCCACCACCCCUCCUCAUGUCCUCCUCAUCUCCUCUUUGUGGGUCAGUGAUGCACCAGGAGUGACGCAGCAGUGUCAGCGCCUCAUCGGCCUCCAGACGGGCAGCGUCUUAGGAGUGGACUGGAGGGAGAAUUUGUGUGCCCAGGCUGGGCACAGACACAGGCCACCAGUAAACAGAGGAGAAGGCGGAAGGGAUGAAUCUCCAAGCAAUUAUUCAAGAGUGAAAGAAGAAUUCAUCCCAGAGAAUGGCAACAAUGAAUCAGCAGGCUUGUGGAAAAGAAGAUAGGGCCUACAGUUCUUCAAGAUAUGAUGACCGUGACGUCUCCCUGCACCCAGGGCUUGAUGGACAGCUCCCAUCCCCAGGCGCUCCUCAGCAGGCUCAAUGAGCAGCGCUCCCAGGGCCUCUUCUGUGAUGUCACCAUCGUGGUGGAGGAUGUAAAGUUCCGGGCCCACCGGAACAUCCUGGCUGCCUGCAGCGGAUACUUCCGCAGUGCCUUCACCUCCACUGAGGUGUGGACUUCCAGCCAGGUGCUGGAGCUCAUGGACCUGAGGUCUGAGGUGUUCGCCAGCAUCCUCAACCUCCUCUACUGUUCUAAGGUUACAUCAUCACCUAGCACAGAGGACACUAGAUGCCUGAUGGCAGCUGGAAAAAGACUGGGGAUUCCCUUCUUAGAGAAACUAGUGGAACAAGACAAGCAGGACUCAGGUGGGCCACAGAUCCAGACCUCAACCAACCCUGUUAAGACCACAGGCCGUAGUAAGGCCCAAGGGCCUCGUAAAGCAAAGAAAGAGACCUCCAGGCCAGAGGAACCAGACAGUGCUAGAGGCCCGAGGAUCACCAAUGCUUUCUCUAUCACUGAGGUGGGUCCCGGGAACAACCUCUUCACCCCACUAGACCUGCACAGGGGGGAGAGGCCAUCACCUGAUCUUGGACAGACCCCAGCGGGCUGCCCUGCCCCCUGCCCCCUCGCAGUGGACAAUGAGCCCAUGCAGGCGCUGUCAGAGCACUCCUACGCAGUCAUUAGCCAGGGACCCAGGGACCCUGAGCACAGGGAUGGCAACCAGGAAGACAACAAGAAGGGCACCAAGCCCACACAGUCCCAACCAAGACAACUGGCCAGCAGAAACAGUGGCCCACUCAAAAAGCGUCACAGACUGCGAGCCGCCUUGAGUAAAAGCACACCUCAAACACUGGCUGUAGCACAUGAACCUGUGCAUCCAACUGGAAGCAGCCCGACAUUAAUUAAGCCCAUUGUACAACCUGUGGGAACGUCACCCCCGUCAUUAUACCCGCAGACAAGCACAAGCAGGACCAAUGAGCUGUCUCUAGCCAUUGAUAAUGGCUACAGGGAGCUGGACCCACCUCCACUUUCACCCUACACAGAUGAUAGCAUAUCAAUCUACAGCUGUGAGCACUGUCCAGAGAUAUUCACCAAUAAAGCACUUCUCACCAUACACACAGAAAUGCACAAAAAAAGGUUUGUCAGUCAUUUGUUUUGCAAGUUUUGUCGCAGGAAGUUCAUGCAUUUGAAGCGGUUGCGGAACCACGAGACUGUGUGCACAAAAUCACAGAGGGGCUCGCCUGAACACGAGCCCCAAGGCAAAGAGGCCGGGGCAGACCAUUAUUCAGACAGCAUGCCAAGCACGAACAAUACAGUAACUAAUGUCCAGUUAUCUCCUACUGAACUUCCUGACCCUUUCCCUCCAACCAGCCUCCAAAUGAACCCCAAGUCAAAAACACUGCAGGCUGUAGAUAAGUUAGUGAAACCUAGUGGAGGCCAGAGGGUCUAUAACUGCAGUGUGUGUAAACGGGCAUAUGUGACCGUCUCCAGUCUGAAGCGCCACGAGAAUGUUCACUCCUGGCAGAGGGCAUACCCCUGUCACUACUGCAAUAAAGUGUUUGCCCUAGCCGAGUAUCGCACCAAACACGAGAUCUGGCACACAGGAGAGCGCCGCUACCAGUGCAUCUUCUGCUUAGAGACCUUCAUGACCUACUACAUCCUAAAGAACCACCAGAAGGCCUUCCACGGAAUCGAUCCCAGAUUGUCUGUGAGUAAGAAGUCAGCAAAUGGAGGAUUUAAGGGCAGCGUUUACCCCAUCAAACUCUACAGGCUUCUGCCUAUGAAAUUUAGAAAGAGACGGUACAAGACUUACAGUCACACCUAUUCAGAGGAGCUGGAGGGCAGUGAGCAGGCCCCGCUGGGCUGCAGCUCUCCCAUCCCUUCAUUUGAUGAUGGUGGUGCUAUGAGUAACCAAGACGCUGCUAUAUUCUCAAUGCCUGUGACAUUCAUGGCCACUCCAAAAGUGGUGGCAUCAGUAAUGCCACGCAUCAGUUUUGAUCAGCCCUGUGACCAAGAUGUAGACCAAGAUGCAGGCACAGGAAAACAGGCCUCUCAUUCUGAGCAUAAUGGGCCUCCAUAUAGCUAUUCAACCCCCUUGGCCAUAAUGCAGGCAGGUGGGGAGUCCCCUGCAAUAAUGGACUAUGGAGAUGGUGCCGCAUUCCAAAGGUUUAAGAACCAGGAGGGCAACAGUCACAAUCUACCAAUCCUAAAAAUUAACCCACCCAGCUCUCUGAACAGGCUGUGUGAGCUCUCAGCUGCAGCCCAGAGAAUUGAAGCCAUGACCAGUCAGCUUUUUCUGCCAGGGGCUAAGAGCCUGGUCACUAGCAAGACUGCAGGGGGGGAAACUGAAACGUACAUUGCCAAGCCUGCAUGUCCAGGUCCCUCUGUGGGUGGUCACGUUCUACCCCUCUGCCAGAUCACAGUGAAAAUUGGCAACGAGGCAAUCAUUCGCCGAAGGAUCAAGGGCUCCAAGCUGUUCCCCAGGAAGAGGAAAAGAAGCAGCGGGAACCAGGUAGAGGAGAGGUGUUGGGACCAGGGCAGGCCUACAGAGGGCAGCAUGGAGAUCUCCAGCCUCCGCUUCAGGACAGAGGUCACUUCUGUCAUAGAGCCAGAGCCAUGUGAUGACCUCACUGACCGUGACACAGCUGACAAGCUCUGGCGUCCCUAUUACUCUUACAAACCCAAGAAGAAGAGUAAGAAACUGAGAUCCAAACACAGAAAAGAGAGACGUCGUCUAUGCUAUUCCAUGACAUCCUCAUUAGUGCCCAGGGCCAGCAAAGACUACCUGGAUAAAGGAUGCAGAAGUGCUGAAGAGAGCAUCUCAAGCGAGGGUACAAAGCUGAAACAACGUCUCAGAAACACCAGCCCAAAGACGGCAUACACCUGUGACAUCUGUGCAAGCACCUUCAUAACGGCAUCUGGUCUGAGAGCGCAUGUCAUUGGCUGUCACCCAACUUUCUGUCGGACCUGUGCAAAGCAGUGUCCCCCCGGCGAAGCCCCCAGUGCCAGCUUUGAGACCGCUGAGGACAGCAGGGAUUACGUAUGCAAGAGCUGUAUGGAAAAUGGCUCCUGCUUUGACAAUUGUGCCCGCAGCCCCAGCACAGAGAAGCGGUAUCGUUGCUCCUUCUGCCCCCAGCGCUUCCUCUACCUCGCAACCAAGAAGAGCCAUGAAAAAAAACACCAAGAGACAGCAGGAAAGGGGUACAGCAGCGACAACUACUCCACAGUCCCAAAACGCCAAGCAAUUUUGGAUUUAGGCUUAAAUCUGAAAAAACAUGUCAUCAAAACAGAGGAAGGGGAGGAUCAAUAUAGCAUCGACAAGGAGAGAAAAGUGCCAGCGGCAUCACUAGACAGGUUCUCAACAGAGAAGAUAGAGCCUAAGCACGAGGAAUGGGAGGACACAGGUGACUACAUGUCAGUGGCGCCCGAGAAAGAGAUUCCAUUUAGAAUUAGUGAUGGACACUAUCAGAAAACUCCAAUGUCACCCCCCUGCACCGACACCUUUUCUCCUUCCCCUUCAGAGAUGCAGUAUAGAAAGCCUUCCCCUUCAGAGAUGCAGUAUAGAAAGCCUUCCCCUUCAGAGAUGCGGUACAGAAAGCCUUCCCCUUCAGAGAUGCGGUACAGAAAGCCUUCCCCUUCAGAGAUGCGGUACAGAAAGCCUUCCCCUUCAGAGAUGCGGUACAGAAAGCCUUCCCCUUCAGAGAUGCAAUACAGAAAGCCUUCCACUUCAGAGAUGCAGUAUAGAAAGCCUAAAAAGCGCAUUGAACACAAACAGCAACAUCAGACAAGCCUCACGUCCAAAAGGCAGAAUCAAGUAGACUAUAUCGGUAGAGAGACACCCAGCCAUGAGGCCCCUAUGACCACACCAGGAGCAGACAGUCAUUUUAGCUAUGGGCAGUCUUCUUCUACAUAUCUGAAAAGAGACUCUGUCACUAGGGCAACCACUCCCUCCUCGCCCAAGUCAGAGAAGAGUACAUACAGUGCAAAGAAGAGACCUCUUUACAAACAUAAUACUUAUCAUUCAGGAGGGAAAUACUUUUAAGUGAUUAUAUGCCUAUGUAGUAAGUUGCAGACCUACAGUCAAAUACACAGUACCAGUCAAACAUUUGGACACAGCUACUCAUUCCAGAGUUGUUCUUUAUUUUUACUAUAUUUAUAGAAAAUAGUAAAAAUAAAGAAAAACCCUGGAAUGAGUAGGUGUCCAAACUUUUGACUGGUACUGUAUGUCAAUAUAUUUCAAAGCUGUGCUUGAUGUAGGUUAGUUUGAUUUAGGUUAGUUUUCCCAAAAUAAUGGACACAAAGGAAUUGACCCAAACUAAAUCAAGUUCACCUCAAGUACUUUGAAAACAUUAUUUGAUAUUGUGUUUUUGACCUGGGCCUGGAAAACAGAUCUGAAAUAAGUUGCCAAUGGAAAGCAGAUAUUGAAUAUGAGGACCUAACUGACAUUAUGUAAAUAUAAUUUUCUUCACUUAUAACACAAUAGGUCAUUUUUCAUGUUAAAAAAAAAAAGUGAUUUAUUUUUGUACUUUAUUUAGCUUUGAGACUAGUUCAUAAUUAUUGUGCUGUCCAUAUUCUAUACCUAUGCAUAGUUAUUUGCACUUUAUAAUAAUUUAUAUUUACACUGUAUAGGCUACCAUUCAUAUUAGUCUGUCCACCACUUUGGUAGUGUCAUUACCACAUGCACCAUCAAAAUGAAUGAGUCCCUAUGUGUGUCUUUUAAAAUAAUAUACAUGAGUGUUACAAAGUUGACAAACUGCAGUUUGUCAGAGGGAAUAAAUAAUUAAUCAAUCAACCAGUAGAUAAUGACAGGAAGAAAACAUACAUGCUUGUUUUUAUAUUCCUGUGUCUUGGGUUAUUUAGAUAAAUAAACAAUUGGAAUUGCCGAGAAGAGCUGUUAAGCUACAUUCUCAAAUUAAGAGGACAAAUUAAUGCAUGGCACACACACACCCUCCUAUUGUUUAGUUUAAAUAAGCACACAGGAGGACACAAUUUGUAAAUCCUUGCACUGAUGCAGUUUGCAGCUGUUACUUUCAUAAGACAAAUAUAAAAACAAAUCUAAGCCAUCUAAUAUUUUUACUCUUUACUUUACUGAAUGCUCCUCUACCUUUGUGUUAAAUGUUUUACCUAACUUCUCAGUUGUAUUACCUUCGGUAAAUAAAAGUGUGCAGAGUUUGCAAAAGUGCAAAUGCUUAGUAAA